UCACCCUCAUACCCAGUACCUGAAUCAUAAGGAAGUGAGAGAAACUCUUUAUAACAAAUGGGGGGAGGCAGGCAGCAAUCAGCCUGUUCAGUUGCGCUCUGCUGUAAUGACAUAUGUGGGCACUGUCACCUACGAGCUGCAAAGUGCUGAAAGGAGUCGGCUUCAUUCAUACCCGUUGUUUAGCAGUGAAGAUCUGGCAAGCUGGACCUUGCACUAAACCAUCACUUUUGAAUGGAUCUCCUCAUCUCUUAAAUCCCGGACUUUUGCACUUGUUCAAGUUGAAAGAGGUCAGACCACAAUGAUUCCACCAGGAGAAUGCAUGUAUGCUGGCAGGAAAAGAAGAAAACCAGUGCAAAAACAAAGGCCUUCGUCAGGAAGUGAAAAAUCAAAUCCUUCAAAGAGACAUCGAGAUCGUUUGAAUGCUGAGUUAGAUCGUCUUGCCAGUCUCCUUCCAUUUCCUCCUGAAAUUAUUGCAAAACUGGAUAAAUUAUCUAUUCUUCGUCUUAGUGUCAGUUAUCUCAGAGUAAAAAGCUUCUUUCAAGCAAUUGAAGAACAGCACUCCAAGAAGCAACCCUCCCAGCCAGUCGGUCACGCAAUAAAAGAAGACAAGACAUCCAGUGGGACUGCCAUGCCAGAAGGAGAGUUGUUAUUAGAAUCCCUGAAUGGCUUUGCACUGGUUGUGAGUACAGAAGGCAUGAUAUUCUAUGCAUCUGCAACAAUAUUGGACUAUCUGGGCUUCCAUCAGACUGAUGUUAUGCAUCAAAAUAUAUAUGAUUAUAUUCACGUUGAUGAUCGCCAGGAAUUCAGCAGGCAACUUCAUUGGGCUAUGAACCCUCAGCAGAUGGUGCUUACACAGGAAUCUCAUACAGACACAGGUGAAGAUGCAUUCCUCAACAAACUUUUUGAAGCAGAAGAGUCAGAUUCUAGCCCCUCAGCAUAUUCAUCAUUUCUAAACCGAUGUUUCAUCUGUCGUGUCCGCUGCUUGUUGGAUAGCACUUCAGGGUUUCUAACAAUGCAGUUUGAGGGCAAACUGAAGUUCCUCUUUGGUCAGACGAAAAAAGCAUCUUCAGGAGCAAUUCAUCCGCCGCAGAUGGCGUUGUUCUGUGUAGCAGUGCCACUUCUGCUUCCCCCUGUCAACGAGAUUAAAAUAAAAAGCGUGCUCUUGAGGACACAGAAAAAACCCAGUGCAACUUCCAACUCAGAAAACACAGCAAAACCUUUCCCAGGUACAUGUGAAGUAGAGCAUGCUGGAAGAAACAGUCACCAGGGGACCUACUUCCCUAACAUUUUACAUGGUCCAGAAAAUCAGAUCAAAUUAAUGAAUUCUGGUGAUAAUGGAAUUUCAUUGUUCAAAGUUCGAACAAAUGAAGACCAGUGGCUAUGGGUAGAGGCAAACACACCACUACGAUACAGAAAUGGGUGCUCAGACUAUAUUGUGGUUCCUCAACAAAGUGAAGAAGAGAUGAAGAAACACGGUGGUGCUCUUGGUUUAAAAGGAACUAGAGAAACAUCACUAGGUGUCAAUGAUAUGCCAGCUCUCCUGAAACAUCAUCUCCCUUGGGGUAAGCAGGAGAAAGAAGAUAUAAAAGUCAAGUUUCAGCUAAACAAAUGUGACCCUAUUUUACAGGAAGAAACCAGUUUUUUCCAGAAACAAAUUUCCACUGCACAAAAUAGCUGCAGCACAAGUGGUACAUGGGUAGGGAAACCAUCUGCCAGGAUAAAUCACCAGUUUAUUGGAUCAUUUUCAGAUAGGAUAAACAGACCUUUCUAUAAUAUGGACCAGAGUCCUCCUGGAGUUCACAUGCUUGGCCGUCACCACCGUGGCAACACAGAACACUUCCAGCCAUACUCUGGUUUUCAGCAGCACGCCUUAGACUCCUAUCCUGUAGAACAUAUCAAACUGGAAAAUCCUUUUGUAACUCCAGAGGUACUUUAUGAUUCAGGGUUACCUUUGAACAUCCCAAUCAAAACAGAAAAUGACUCUGAUUCUGAGGGCCAACCGGAGCUAUAUUCUGAGUGCCAAACCCAUGCUUGGCUAACUGAGAACAAUGGACUGAAAAAACAAUUAGACUUUUCUGAAAGUCUUCAUCUUAAAACUGAAUUGGAUUUCAGUGAACAAACUUCUUGUUUCAAACCAAAGCAUUAUAUGCACUCCUCUCACAGAGGCCACUGCUAUGCAUCAGGAACGCAUAUGAACCAUUUCAAUGCAGGAAGACCAUUUAAAGGAAUUUAUAACAAAGACGCAGGCCAGUUCUGCCCUCCAAAAUGUGCGUAUUUAGAAAGUGUGUUAAGCCUUCAAGCUGCAGAUUGUUCAAACAACCAGUUUUAUUCAGUGGCGACAGUAGAUGACAAGAAUACUGGUGACCACUCUUAUAAGCUUCAGUGUGAAUUCAAAGCUCACAGCCUUGUUCAAAAUAUCAAGAGAGAGCCUCUUGAUUCACCUCCAUGGGUUGAGAGCCAACAGGAAGCGGUACAAUCUAUCUACCAAAAAAACACAUUGAUGGGGUUCUUGCCCAGCCAAGUGCCACGCAAUGCUGCAGAGUUUGCCUACAUUCAAUAAUAUUACAUUUUUAUUUUAUAACUAAAAAAAUAUAUUGCACUAUUUCAAGAUGAGGUCUCUUUUUGUACGUAAAGCUUACACUGUGUUAAAAGCAUAAGCAUAAGACAUGAGAAGUUUUUUUAAUGCAAAGAAAUGCAGCUAUUUUCCCUCUGUGUUACCACUAACAGCAAAGCAUUGCUUAGUUGAAUGCAAUAUUUUUAUUGGCGAUGGAAGGCAAUAUUGUGAGUACAGCAUAGUGACAAGCCUUUUAUGAAGGAACACAGUAUUACAAAGUCCCCUAUCGUAAGUUGUUCUGUGUUUUCGUAUUAUUACAACUUGAAUGUAUUUGAUUGGCACCUUAAAGAACUGGGGGAAAAGAACAUUUCUAAUAAUUUUGUACAAUUUCCUAGGUAGGAAGUUCUUGGCUUUUAUGCACUCUUUAAAUAAUUAUUGUUGCUUAAGAGACUUUUAUGUUAAUAGAUUGUCAAUAACCCUUGUUUUCUAAUACAACAGAACAACUGUUAGGCACCAGAUAUAAGUGAAGGAAAGAGACAGCAAUGAGCAUUAUUAAUUCAUAAAAAAAAAUAAAAAGAUACAUUUUGCACUA